CUGCCAUCUCCGUACUGUCUACCACCAUGGCCCAGCCCGCCCCCGGCGCUGCUAACAACCCACCACGACGCUUCGGCGCACGGCCAAGCAGCAUCGCCUCCGCGUCUUCCCUUACUAUCCCCCCGCCCGGCCCCGCCUCAGCGUCCAACUCCGCCUUCGCCCUCUCCCACACACCACUUGCACCACAACCGCAGAGAGCGCGCUCUUCCUCCGCCGUAGCGCAGGGUACCGCCGUCGCUGCUGCUCAGCAGUGGCUCAGUGCGCUUGCACCGCGCGGCGAGGGGCGCGGGCGCGAGUUCCUCACCAGCACAUUAAGCGGCGUGGCGAAUGUGGCGACCACCGUUGGCCAGGAACUGAACGGUGUGAUAGCACGCGGGGCACACAGCAGAACUGGAAGCUAUGCGGGCAACGUCAACGGCAAUGGAAAUGGGACGACAAGUCCGCCGCUCGCCGAACUUCCAUUCGCACCGCGUGCAAACAGACGCGACUCGCUCGCAUCCCGCCGUGACUCAUCCAUCGCUUCCCCCGUCCCACCUCCCACCGCCCCAGCCCCAACGAAUACGCGGCGCCUCGGCCCACCACCUCCUGCGAACGCGCGCCGGCUUGGCCGCGAGUCGGCGCCCCCUGCCCCUCAAGCACAAGCUCUCGUUGACACGCCCACAGAAGCCGUGUUCCGCACCCUCUCACCUUCCCCCACCGCCGCAGCAUUUCAGCGGACCAACUCGAUCGAACGACGCCCCGGACAUAACCGCACCGGCAGCAUUCCCUUAUCGACCUCGCCCGCGCCCUCGGCUGCGAGUACGGGCAGUCGGCGAGCGCGCGGGACACCAUACAAGAUUGGCUUCCAGCCCAGCGGGGUGCGACGGGAUCGUACUGCCGCCUUCACUACUGCGCGCAAGGAGAAUGCUGCGGAGCGCGAGAAGGAGGAAGGGCGAUUAAAUCGGCGAUGGGCGAAGCUCGUCGACUUGCACUUCAACCCGUCAACACAGACGUCGCCCCUGGCACGAUCAGGCAGCAGCUCGUUUUCGCUCAGCUCAAUCGUCAACGCACGUCCGCAGGUCCACAUGGACGACGUGGUGGACAGUCUCAAACCGCGCCAGGUGUGGAAAGGGCUGAAGGCGGCAGCCGGCCCGGGGCCCGAAGAAGCGCGGAAGCGUGCUGAAGAACAGCGCAUCGUCAAGUGGGAGCCAGAUAGCGAGGUGCGGAAAUGCCGCGUCUGCGCGGCGCCAUUCAGCCUCAGCACGCGCAAGCACCACUGCCGGUUAUGCGGGCGCAUUGUGUGCUCGCUCCCGCCGACUCCACCCGCGCUUCUGGCUGUGCAGAUGCAGUUGUUCGCUGAGGGCGGCGAGCUUCCUCCGGGGACGCGGCGGGAGAAGUGCUCGCUCCUUCUUGUGGCGGACUGGCGUACAGGGCGUGGCGAAGAGGUGGAAGAAGGCUUCGUGGGAUGGAUGAGCCUCGACCAAGAGAAGGAGCCAGCCGCUAUCAGGCCGUCGCGUCACCACCGGCAUAGAUCAGGCAGCGUGCUGAGCGACACAUCGUCAACCACGACAAGCGACGAGCCGCAGCGCACUAUCCCCCUUCCGCAACAACCGCAGGAGGUGCAGGUUAAGGGUGUGCGCGUGUGCCGCGAGUGCUGGGCUACUGUCUCGCGCAAACAGAAGAUCGCAGACCGGACGAGAAUCACCCCCUUCGCGCGCCUUUACGCAGCCCUCCGCUCGCUGCAGGCCGAGAUCGCCGGCCUCCUCCCGUCGUUCGAAGAGGACGUGGCGGCUCUCCAGCGCGCGUCUGAAGACACUGAGCCUUCGGCGUCAUUAUUAGCGUCGCACAAGACCCUUCUCGCCCUCUUGGGUCAGUACGACGCGCUUGCCAAGCGCGUGUCCGCGGCGCCGUGCGAGCCCGGCGGCAGUCAGGCGGCGGUACAGCGGGCGCUGGCGCGCAGCGCGGCCGAGUUCAUGGCCCGCGCGGCGGUCACAGCACAGGAAUUGCCGCGGCUGCAGCGGCGCGCCGCGGCCGCCAGAGCCCGCACCAUGGUCGUCGUCGAGCAGCGGCUGCCGGACGUGCUCAAGGCAGAGGGGAUACGCGAAGACGCGGCGGAAGACGUUGCUAGAGCGCUCCAGCCGCUGUUGGAGCAGCAGGCGCAGCUCGAGUAUGUCUGCUGAAUGGAAGGUGAAAGGGGCUUACGCCAGAUCAUUUAUUGCCGAGGCCCAUGCGCAGCGCAAGUACGACGAUUCACGGUCUCUCGCGGCCGCACUGAAUGAAAUCGAGAAUGAAAUCGCGCGGUUGACUGCCAGCGCGCUCGACGCAUA